UUCUGUGUUGGAGAAUAUGAUGUUUUACAAUUCCCAAGUGUUACACAAUUAAAGAAUAAAAAAGAAGGCAAGCAAAAUAGGUGCCAGAAGGGCUGGAGAAGCUGCCCUGAAUGGGAGUCAGACCACACUCUGCAUGUCAUUGAUUAGAGGUGCCUCUUGCUGGUACACGCCCUUAAUAGAUGCACUGGCAUUAGAACUCCUUCAGCUUGAUCAAAGACUACAGACACAGAAAUUAAAACGACCAAGUGUGAAACUCCAGGAGUGUAAACUAAUAGUUCUGAAAAGGACAGCUGGAACCCAAGUGCUAUUAAACAACAGGUGUGAAGUAUCUUCUGGUGGAGUUCAAGUUGAAGAAGACCUGUCCGUCACCAGCAUGAGUGAAAAAACUGCAGCAGACCAGUCAUCUGUCAGCGCAGUACCAUUAAACAGUUUCAACCAAGAGAAGGCACCAGUGUGGGAUCCAGCUCCAAUUACUCCAGGAAGACCUGAAAUGACAGGUCGAGAGUCACAGGAGGAGACCUGUCCAGGGGGAAGAAGUUCUAUAAUGACAACUGGGAAACCCAAAGAAGGAAAUGAAAGUGUUUCUCUAAAUAAAAGCCUGUCGGUGGAUCCAUCUCCAAAUGAUGGGAGUCUUAGUGCUAAUGUGCCAAAGAAAGAAAUGUUGACACCCAGAAGUAAAUUUAAAAUGAACCUGGAACUUGCCAAAGGUAUGGAGGCUAUUGACGAACACAAAGGACAGGAACCACCGAGCAAUUCCACAACUGACGCUGUAAAAGGUGCAGGGCCUGAAAAUGCAUUGUGUUUGUUUUUUUUUUUUCAUUUCAUUUUUUGUUUUGAUUUUGUAUUGGUUACAUUAGUGCAUAAAUCCAGUGCCUUGGCAGUGAAACUGCACUUCCUGGAGAUUUACAUUAAAUGGCAAUGUGCAAAAUAAUACAUAUUUAUGAAAGCAAUUCAGGCACAUAGUGGGUCCUCCUUAUCCUGUAACAAGCUCAUGGUUAUGUCAAAGUUUUUUGUGGUCCAACAUUUGGAAACCUGUUCAGCUGGACGGUUGUCGGGGUGGGGUAGGG